CUCAGCACGCAGACCCGGCCCCCCAGCGCCCCGCGCUGCCACUCGCUGCUUUCCUCCACCACCACCACCCCUCGCCGGCCGCCGCCUCCCUCACCGGCCGCCGCAGCGCGCCAUAUUCUGCCCUCCUGAUCCGCCGCUCCAAACCCGCUGGGGAGAGGAGGCGGCUCCGAGGAAGAUGGGGUGGAAGGCUGCGGAGAAGCUCAUCAGGCACUGGAAGAUCCUCCGCGGGGACAACGUGAUGAUCAUCAGAGGCAAGGACAAGGGGGAGACUGGGCUCAUCAAGCGGGUCAUUCGGUCGCAGAAUCGCGUCAUCGUCGAGGGCAAGAAUUUGGUUAAGAAACACAUUAAACAAGGCGAAGGGCACACAGGAGGUAUUUUCUCCAUUGAAGCUCCACUUCAUGUUUCAAAUGUCCAAGUAGCUGAUCCUGUCACUGGGAAACCAUGUAAGGUUGGACACAAGUAUUUGGAAGAUGGGACCAAAGUCAGGUUCGCUAGAGGGAUGAAUGCAUCUGGUGCUGUGAUCCCCCGGCCAGAAAUUCUGAAGGAGAGAAGAAAACCGAGACCUACAUCACCUGGACCAAAGGAUACACCAAUUGAGCUCGUGCUGGAGAAGGCCUACGAUGAGAAAGCUGGGAUUGGUAUGCCUGAUCUAUAGAUGCCACGUUGGUUGUGCUGACUUUAGUAUUUGUGACCAGGUCCUAGUGAAGGUAUUAGGGGUUGGAUGAUUGUUGCAGCUGUACCGUACUUCCCUCAUAAUAAUCAUGUAUUGAAAAUCGGAAGAUCCAUUACUGGCAUGUGUGUUGUCUUUCUUUUGUCCGAGUGUUUGGUUACUUCUGCAGAAACACAUCAUUGGAUGAGAAACGGCAAACAUAUGUAUCUUCUUAAUGAGAUAUCCCGUUCUGAAAAGAGAUGGAAAUUGAACUGGCUCCCAGUGAAUUUCGCUAUUCA